GCGGUUGUUUGUUUGUGGCAUUUAGUCGUAAGACAUCCCGGAGGCCCCAAAAAAAAAACGAAAACACGUGUUGAAAGCCUGUCGAAAGUUGGAGUUUAAAAUUUGGAAUAUUUUCAACCAUUUCUACGUAUUUAAACGUUACUUCUUCUCAUCUUUGGUUUCAUAAGUAUCUAUGCAGUAGGACCGGUCAGUGAGUUCCAUUAGGGCUGUCCAGAAUCAUCUCACUACUGAAGAUAGUAUCUGGAUUUCCCAGAACCACCCAACAGAAAGCGGAUUGGUAAAGCCUUCAGAGAUGUCUACGGAAAGCCAGCUGGAGCUUGAAACUCACCAUUCAGGCACCAUAUUUUGUGACAUGAUGUCACCUGAUGAAUGGAAGAGUUCUCUUCCUUUGGCUUUUCAGCAAAAUGGGGCUUGUUCAGUAGCCAAUUCAUCAACAUCCCCAUCAAAUUCAUUAGAAGACCUUGUUUUAGAACUGGAAAAUAGCUGUGAGGAUGUUGAUUUGGGAAGCCCAUUUGCAGGAUGCCCUGACAAUCUGCUGUUCAAAGUAUCUUCGUCAGAUAAAUAUGAGGAAGACGAAUUAGUUUGCAAUAUGGAUACUGAUGCAAAUAACAGGCUUUGGGAAAUGAUGGGGACUGAAAGCAAGAUUGAUCUUCAGCCAAAAAUUCCACGACAAAACGAUAAGCCACAUUCUCUUGUAAUAACCGGUGCGGAACUUGAAGCAGAAGAGAUUGGAAAUCGACAAAUAUCUUCAGAUCCGCUUUCCACAUUUUUACAUUAUCAGUCAGUCGAUAAGAGCAACUUGGAUCAAGUUCCUGCCAAAGUGGCGCACCCCACAGCUUCACGAGAAUCACAGUUUGUGACACCCAAAAAGGUAUCUGCUUUGGAAAAGGAGAAAAAAGAAGCAUCACUUCAACGCCUGACUAGCCGGCUAGCGAACGUUAUCCAUUGUAACAGCCUAGACAACGCCAACAUCCUGCAUAAAGCCACUUCCACAAUAUCGACGUUGCGUCAGCAGGCUUGUGAUUUAAUGUCGACUUAUUCUCAACUAAAGUUUCAAAACGAUGAACUUAUUCAGAAACAACAACAGUUACAUUCUGAACAAUUCUUAGGUGAAUCAAGUGAAACUCUGAGUGGCGGUCCUUUGAUAAUUGAGGUGCUUAUUCCAUCCCGUGGCGCAAAAAAAGCCUUCGAUUCGGCACCCCUUUACCAUCAUAUUCCUAUAGAAGACGGUCAAAUACCCAUCACUUCUGGAGACGAGUCUUAUUCCACGGCGGAAGAUAUCUUAGAAGAACCUUACGAAGAACAAUAUGAUGCCCAAACCCAUUUGCAUGUCGUGCCUUCGAAUGCAUACCCGUGCAAAAAUAAGAAACUUUCGUGUCAAUUGGGAUGUAUUUGUUCCAGUCUAGAUGCCGGUAAGCUUCCCAUCGAACACUGCAAAAAUCCAGACUGUAUGCUGGAGUCCAGGUGUACCCAACCACAUGAUCCUUCACAUAUGCCGGAUAUCGUAUUCACUAUCACAAACGAUAGAAGCACUGCUGACAUAGAGGAAGGUAAACGGGAGUCUAACCUAAACCGGGAAUCUAUCUCACUUAAAAGACGUUCUAGAACCACGAAAGUGUCCGAGUUGCGUUCUAGUGGAUCGUCGUCUAAAAAUAAAACUCCACACUUAAAAACGGAGCGUCGCAGUCGUGAAAAACCCAAAAAGAAUUUGAUUCUUCUCACUGAUCCCAAAAUUGAUUCUAAGGAUCCAAAAUUGUUAAACGAUUGUAAUGUUUGUCUGGUUAAAUUAGACCCUAGAGCUCUACACAGGAAACCAAACGGCUCCUUCGAUGCAAAACUCUACAUGAAAUGCUCCGUCACCUUACAGAGGCUUCAAACGAAGCAGGGCCAACCCCUUUUUUGCUUGUACAAUAGAUAACAUAAUUGCGUUUGUCAUCUUGAACCCAUCACCGACCAUUGAUGUUUUAAAAUGAUCUCUCAUUCUUAUUAUGGAGAUGUUUGAAACUUCAUAUCCCCCGAGAUUUCGUGUUACUUGUUUGUUGGUUUGUUUCUUUUACAUAACAAAAUUCGAUUGUGAACGUCAAAAAGAAAAAAAAGGUAGCCUCACGGAAAGCCGUUGCAUGCAGGUUCUGUUGCGUUGGUAUCGGUAUUUUUAACGAGUUUUAUGAUUCCCCUCAGAAUGGCGAAUAUAGGUUGUCAUUUCAUUUCAUCCCGUUUUUUUAUAAUCCUUGUUGCCUUUAUCCCUGUAUUUAAGAUCUUAAGAGCCGUUCAUUAAUACAAAUUUUGCAAGGUCAAUAAAAUUAAA